UAAUGUAUUAAGAUUUCUGUGGAAAUGUGUUUAAUUGUCAUGAAAGUAAUGUCACAAUGCAAAAAAAAAAAAAAAACAUUGUGAUGUUCUUAACAUCUUUUGUGAGAUUCGCCUAUUAAGCGAAAUAGGAGAUUUACAUUUUGCUAAAUGGACUAAACAUAGACGUGAGUCAUUCAAACAUUUGUAAUUUACGUCAAUGUGGACUGAACAGGGAACUCAAAUUUCUCCAAAGCAAGGAGAAAUGUUCCAUGAGUCUGUUAAACUGGAAAGAUCUGAGGAGAAUAACCAUCAAACCCACAGUAUGUUUAGGCACCUGGAAGUCACAAGCAAUGGUAAUCUGAAACCGGCAUAGAAAUUCCACUGUUGAAAUGAUUGGCAUGUAUGCCAUUUUUUGUUUACUGUUACCAUUUAAAAUUUUUAAUAACAAUCACGAUUGUGUUAUAUCCAUAAUCAACCAUAAAGCUGCUCGGAUAGAUGUACUGUGAUUGGUACAUAAUGUUCCUCACAACCUUCUUUAAGGUCAAAGAUCGUCAGUUGAGUGCUAAGAAAAUCAUCAUUAUAUUAUAGUCCUGAACAAACACACUGUGUUGACUAAAGGGGUGUAAUAUACUGUCACACAUCCUGGUGUCAACGCUCACAAUCACAUGACUGAAAUUCUGAUCGUUGUCAGCAUUAAUAGGAAGUUCAGGUUUGCGUAUGUACUUGAGUAGCCUAAAGAUGCAAAUGGAAUUCUUUAGAGAAAUGGGAUAUGGACAAAUCUGAAAAGGACCACAUGAUUCAUUUACAGUAUUCUGAGUCUUCUGAAUGCGUGGUAGCUUUUGUUUAGAGUGAAGGAGGAAAAGAAAGAGAGAAUUGAAAGAGUGGAGAAUCUAUCUGGACAUGCAUGGCAGGAUCUCACAGUUGUUCUUGAUUAAUGCAUUAACAUGUGGCCUGGAAGUAUGUUUGGCUGCUGGGACCAUCUACAUCCCACCUAUGCUGCUGGAGGCAGGGGUGGAGGAACGCUUCAUGACCAUGGUACUGGCUGUGGGACCUGUGCUGGGGUUGAUCGCUGUCCCUCUCAUUGGUUCAGCGAGUGAUAGCUUGAGAAGUAAAUAUGGCCGCCGGCGCCCCUUCAUCUGGGUAUUGUGCAUGGGCGUCCUGCUCGGGCUCUUGAUCAUCCCUCAGACGUCCACCCUCAUCACCCUGCUCACAAAACAAGAGCAGCAUUGGCUGAAGGUCCCGCUGCUGGUUCUCGCUAUUUGUACAGUGGAAUUCUGUGGUCAGGCUUGCUUCACCCCUUUGGAGGCCUUGGUUUCUGACCUCUUCCCCGGAGAGGAGGAGAGUCGUAAGGCUUUCUCCAUCUACUCCCUCAUGCUCAGUCUGGGCGGAUGCAUUGGCUACCUGCUGCCUGCGGUUAACUGGACCACUUCAGACACCGUGGUAUACCUGGGUGGACAAGAGGCCUUCAUCUACGUUGUGUUGACCUUCAUCUUUCUCACCUGUUUGAUGGGUACGACCUUCAUCUCUGAGGAGCAGACAGUGCGGGAAAAGCUGGGGGAAGCUGAGGUAUCCAGAAAGCCUGAAAUCCUGAAGACUUGCUGCUGCCCUUGUGUGGCAUUUCCCAGUUUUCUGCUUUUACGAAGGACGUUCUCUAGUCUCUUUUCUGUGGUUCCCCGGCUCUACUCGCUGUGCAGCCGCAUGCCAAAAGUCAUAGCGAGGCUGUUCGUCGCUGAGUUGUGCAGCUGGAUGGCACUCAUGUCCUUUAUGCUCUUCUAUGCAGACUUUGUCGGAGAGGGAUUGUAUAACGGGGUGCCCAGUGAAGAGCCAGGCUCCUUAGGAAGGACACGCUAUGAUGAAGGUGUGCGAAUGGCCAGUCUGGGUCUUUUCCUACAGUGUGUGACUUCUGUGGUCUUCUCUUUGUUUAUGGAGCGUAUGGUGUUGUGCAUAGGAAUUAGGAAGCUGUAUUUGAGCAGCGUGGUGCUGCUGGCCGUGAGUACAGCGAUUAUGACCGUAUCCCACAACAUUACACUAGUCACCAUCAUGGCUGCAGCUACAGGAUACACCUUCUGCGUCCUGCAGAUCCUUCCAUACACGCUCAUAUGCCUAUACCACUCCAAUGCACAGGUGUUUCUCUCCACCGACAGGCGGAGAAAUGAUCUAAUGUUGAUCAGAUCAGAUGAGAUACAGAAGAAAAGAUCUAAUGGGUGCGUCAGUGGGUACCCAGGUGGCGCCCCACAUCCGAUACCCUUCCAGAGCAAUAUCAAAAAUUCAGAAUCAGUUAAUCUGCAUGUGUCUGUCACCAUGGACCCUCAUCUUGCACAACCCUCAGCCUUCAGAGGUAUGGGUACAGACAUUGCCUUAUUAGACAGUGCCUACUUGCUGUCUCAGGUGGUGCCGUCUCUCUUCAUGGGCUCCAUCGUGCAGCUCUUCCACAGUGUGACCGCAUACAUGGCCUGUGCGUCUUUGCUGAGUGUUGUGGCUGUGUAUUUCUCCAGUAAGAUCGUCUUCGAGAAGGCGGAUAUUGAUGCAAGUAGAUAACUGAGAUGUUACUUAGAGCAAAGGACUCUGGAUAGUGACAAAAACCAUAAAGGGCAGCUGGUUCUGUUUAAAGGGGUGGUUAAUUAUGAUUUCACUUAUUUAAAUUUGGUUAGUGUGUAAUGUUGCUGUUUGAGCAAAAACAACAUCUGCAAAAUUACAAUGUUCAAUGCAAAGGGAGAUAUUUUCUUUUAAAGAAUUCUAUGUUUAAGAACUACAACAAACAGCUGGUUGGGACUAUCAUGAUCUUCACGAGUUAGUGACAUAACUAACCCUGAAAUUUGCAUAAAUCCUGCCCCCGGGAACACACAACAAAGGGGGUGAGGCUAUGUUGGAAGAGUUGUUGUAGUACAGUGUUGUUGCCAUGCGCAGCACCCUCGAUUUAUAAAUUGUGUGCAUGUUUUACUAAUUUGUUCCCUUGAUUUGCUAAAUCGUGCACACAAUGUUCUAUUUCGUUUCCGCCAUUUUGAAUUUUCCGAAAAACAUACUUUUUCAAACUCCUCCUAGGCUGUUGUUCCUAUUUUCAGGAAAAUUGAAACAGAUCUUCAUGCCGACAAAAAGUUGUGAAAUUCAAGUUGAUUUGUCAAACCGUUUUUUAAAAACGUGCAAACGAAUUUUACAUAGCCCUUGUGAAAAUAGACGUAAGACUCUAUCUCCUCCACGCUUUAUCGUAUUCAGACAAAAAUUGGUCCAUGUCAUCACAAGCAUGACCUGAGGUUACAUGUUGCAUUUCAGUACAGCGCCACCUACUGGUCCGGAGAUACGAAAAAUGGCUAUUUUUGCUUAUAACUUCUGAACGAUUUGUCCAAAAAUGGCUAAAUCGUGCGCAUGAUGUACUAUUUUAUUUCCUCGAUUUAUAAAUCGUGUGCAAGAUAUACUAAUUUGUUCCCUCGAUUUGCUAAAUCGUGCACACAAUUUAGCAUAAUAUUUUUUUUCCUGCAUGUCAUGUGCGGGGCUCUGUAGAUUGAUGAUGUAUUGAAUCAUUAUUUAAAUUUUGUUCAUUUUGAGGAAAAAAGUUACAUAGUGUACCUUUAUACAAACAAUAUGGUCAUACAUUUUAAAAGGUUCUUCUUUGGGCAUUAGAUGGUAUAAAUGAUCAUUUAGAUAUUAUAAUUAAUAGUUCGUAAUUUAUUUGACAGAACUUUUGUUGUCUAACCUGUGGAUUACAAUAUUAUAUUUGCAGUAUUGCACAAUGUUAUACCUAUUAAGGAGAGCAAUUACACAAGUACAGUAAAUAUGCUGAAUGUAUGUUUUAAAGAGAAGACGAGUGAAAGUUUGACACUUUGAACCUUGUGACACAACACUAUACCUGUAAAAGAAGUGAUGUUUACAUAUUUAGUGCAGAGAUUAUGAAUAAUCUUAAGAAGACUAAGUCUGAAGUUUAAAUUAAUAUUACUGUGCUUAAUUAAUUGGAGAAAAAAGUCUUGGCUGAUCAUUGUUGCUGUGUAUUUCUCCAGUAAGAUCAUCUUUGAGACGCAGAUAUCGAUGCAACUAUAUGACUGGGAUGUUACAUACAGAGCAAAGGACUCUGGAUAGUGACAAAAACCAUAAAGGGCAGCUGGUUCUGUUUAAUGUUUUUGGAAAGAGCGAUGGCAAUGUGCAAUUGAAGAUUAAAUGCAUUACAAAAACACUGACUGGAUAACAUUCAGCAAACAACAUGUGGUCAUACAUUUUAAAAGGGUCUUCUUUGAGCAUUAAAUUAUACAAAUUAAAUUAUAAUUAUAAAUUAUAAUUAAUAGUUCGCAAUUUAUUUGACAACUUUUGUUAUCUAACCUGUGGUUUACAAUAUUAUAUUUGCAGUACUGCAAUGUCAUACUAAUUAAAAAGCAAUUACACAAGUCACAAUGAAUUAUUAGUUGACAUGGGUGUAUUGAAGUGCAGAAAAGUAAAUAUGCUGAAUGUAUUACUUAAAACGAGGAUGCGUGAGACUUUCAGGCUUUGAACCUUGUUACACAACCCUGUUCAACCUGUAAAAGAAGUUUUGUUUACAUAUUUGCAUUAUCUUAAGAGAAGUGUGAAGUUUAUUAUUAUUAUUGUGCUUAAUUAAUUGGAGAGAAAAAAGUCUCCAAUGCUUUUCUCAAUGGUUUCUUUUAUUUAAUAACAGAUUAUUCAGUUGCUUGACAAAUAGACCUAUGCAUUUCAUUAUAUUUGUAACAAAGAUUUAUGUACUUUUGUAUUGGUUCUAAGAUGUAAUAUUGAUAUCUCUUAUAGCAACUCUAUCUAAAAGAAAACAACAAAAGUAGUUAAAAUGUAAUCUGUUUAUAUUUGAUGGCUCUGGAUGGGUGGCAUCAGUCAGUUCUUUAUCAUUUACUGCCAUCUAGUGUCUCUAUAGAAGCUGUUUUCAUUUAGUUAAAACAGACAGCUGCUCCAUCAUUCUUCAUUUCUCUUUUUUUAUCAUGGCUGUUUUUCUCCUUUAGUUCUUUGCAACUCUAAAUCAAAUGGUUGCAGUGUGUUCUUUUGACCAUUAUAUUAAUCAUUUUUCCGUCUUUGAAAAUAAAUGUAUAAAAAUUCAAACUUUUGUGUAUUUGUAUUUUUCUAUGUGACAAAAAAUAAAUAAUAAAAAUAAAAUCUUA